AUGACUUCAACUGAAAUCCUCUCCACGGCCACAGGCCUCAAAUCCAUCAAAUCCGCUUUUCGCAACCGUAGCCGAAGAAGAUCCACAAGCUCCAAAGCAAGCAUAAGUUCCAACGGGUCACCCAAAAUGGGGGCCAUGAUGGACCCUGCUGCCACUGCUGCAGCUUCAAACUUGGCAUCACGGAAUUAUCCACACGUCCACAUUAAGGAGAUGGUAUACGAGGCUUGCACUAGGAUACCAAAGCAUAGCUACGAGGAGAGCAUAAGCGAUUGUACUUGUGGGAAGAGAGUGGUGGAUAGGUACAGAGAGAUGUGUGGACUGAAGGAUUCUGAAUGUCCUGGGUGUAAGUUCGACUUCGAGGAGAGGGAGGAGAGUGAUGAUGAGUAUUGCUAUUGA